UGGAAUAAUAUAAUUUGAUUGGAUGGGGGUGGGAGGGUAUAUUAAUGCAGAGACAGGAGAGGACACAUUUCAAGUGCGUUAGUCACGCAGCUGUCAUUCGGUAUUGCAAAGCCACAACCCUUCUUCCUCAUAGCCAGCAAAUCAGCGUUUGCAGCUGUCGGAUCUUUCUUUUUUUUUUUUUUUAAUUUUUUUUUUCUUUUUAAUCAACCAACUUCUCCAUAUCAAGUCAUCCCCAAUAUUUGAUCAAGAUAAUUAUUAUUAAACAGGGUGAAAGAAGAAGAAGAAGAAGAAGAAGAAGCACAACAAAAACAAACAUCAUAAAACUAUUAUCAUAUACCACCUAGCUCCUUUUUUUUUUUUUUUGCUCUUCUCUGUCAGUCUUCAAUGAUCUUUUUCUCUUUGUAAAUAUUGAUGGAAAGGAGAAGAAGAAAACGCGUAUUAUAGAAGAAGAAAGACCAAGCCCAAUAGACAGAUAGAUAGAUAGAUAGAAGGCCAUCAUCAAUAUGAGGUGGAAGAGAAAAUUACAGCUUAUUAGAGAAGAAAUAUUGUCCUGUUUCUUUUCUUUAACUUUAUGAGAGAAAUAUUAUUAUCCAAAAGUACUAGUGCUAGUAGUUCGUGGAAAAGUAGCAAGAAAACGAAUUUCAAUAAAUUUGAUGUUUUUGAGGCUAUGGCUUACCCACAUUAUCGGUCACAGUUUGGAGAUACAACGUUUACCAAAGUUUUUGUCGGAGGCUUAGCUUGGGAAACACCCACCGAAGAAAUGAGAAGAUACUUUGAGCAGUUUGGCGAAAUUCUUGAGGCUGUUAUUAUCACAGAUAAGAAUACAGGAAAAUCUAAAGGAUACGGAUUUGUUACUUUCCGUGAUCCUGAAUCGGCAAGAAGGUCAUGUGCGAACCCAAAUCCUGUUAUUGAUGGAAGAAGGGCAAAUUGUAACAUCGCUUCAUUGGGAAGACCUCGACCUUCACCACCAAGAGGAAGAAAUCAAGGUGGUAGUCCUUAUCAAGGAGGGACACCACAUGGUGCACCACCGGCUUAUAGUGGAGUUCCAACACCAUUGCCACCACCUCCGCCCCCUCCUGUUAUCUAUCAACCUUAUGGCUACCCAACCUACACGCCUGAUUAUGGGUACCACCAAGCUCUGUAUAACCCACAAAUGCAACAUUCACAGUAUUAUCAUCAACUCUAUGGAACAUCAUCGUCAACCAUGCCCACUCCUUACUACUAUGGAUACUCUGUGCAAGCUCCCAGGGGAACAUUUUCUACACCCCAGCAGGCGGCGCAUCGUAUGCCCGGGCCUUCUUAUCUUUACUAUCCUACACAGAUGGAAGGAACAUCCUUCACCACUUAUCCUCCACCCCAUCCCACCACAAGGCUUCACAGCUUAAUUCCCUCUCCCAAUACUGAUUCACAGACUCAACGGCAUUCCUCCGCAGAAACAGAAGGUGGAGUUUUCACCUCAGAAAGUCCAAAUACCUAAAAGAAGUCAUCCAUAUAUACAUGGUUUGAAAAGUUUCAGUUGUAUAAUCUUGAACUUAUUCAUUCCCAUGAUCAUAUCUUUGUUCUAUUUUCAGAAUUUUAUAAGAAAAAAAAAAAAAUUGGGUCUAAAGCUGUAAGAUUAGGCGAACUGCUUCAAGAGACUACUACUGUUCUACACGCCAUGAGCUUUGGCAAGAAAGGACGGGCCCAAUCAACAUACUUAUGCAAAUUCUUUCUUGAUUAAUUUUUUUUUUCCAUUCAGAAAAAAAAGGAAAAAAAAAGAAAAAGAUUCAUUACAUUUCAAUUUUUAUAAAGAUAAUGAUUCUCCUCCAUUAUAAUUUUCUAACGUCGCUGAUCACCAAAUAUUGUACGAAUAAGGGAAGUUUUUUAUCCCUCAAUAAGAAAUAAAUUUUACUUAAAA